GCUCUCAGGCCGUCCGUCUGUCUCGAAAACCUGUGAUGAGAGUUUUAAUAAUGGCGUGGACGUGGUGGGAGGGCUGCCUUCCACUUUCUGCCCAAUUCCGGUAUCAAUAAGCGGCUUUAAGGCACCAAAACCGGAUUUUAUUAGAGCCUUGCAAACAUUUGAACGGGUUUUAACAUGUUGCCUCACUCUGUUAAAUCUCCGCUGAAAGCCUCCUUCACUAGCYGCAAACUGUGAAACUACUGACUGGAAGCGCUUUAUCAUGUCGUUACUGUGYGUCAGAGUGAAGAAAGCCAAGCUCCAGGGACCACCAGAUAAAUACAACAGCUACGUGACGUUGAAGGUGCAGAAUGUUAAAAGCACAACGGUCACUGUGCGCGGGGAUCAGCCCUGCUGGGAACAAGAUUUUAUGUUUGAGAUCAACCGGCUGGACCUUGGUCUUAUUGUUGAGGUUUGGAACAAAGGUCUCAUUUGGGACACCAUGGUGGGAACAACCUGGAUUCCACUUGAAAGCAUCCGACAGUCGGAGGAGGAAGGUUCAGGUGAGUGGAUUUUCUUGGACACAGAAGUCCUGAUGAAAGCAGAUGAGAUAUAUGGCACCAAGAACCCAACGCCUCAUCGAGUGCUGCUGGAUACUCGCUUUGAGCUGCCUUUUGACAUCCCAGAAGAUGAGGCGCAGUAUUGGACUGGCAAGCUGGAACGGAUCAACAUGGGAAUCCAUGAUGAGUACCCUCUUCAGGAUGAUGAUCAGAGGGACCCGCUGCCRUUUGCAGCCUCCCAGUGUUGCAACUAUUUCGGAUGGGCCAACCCUCAGACUUUGGAUGACCAGGACAGUGCUGUGGAUGACCGGGACAGUGAUUACCGCAGUGAGACAAGUAACAGUUUGCCUCCUCGUUACCACACAACAGCUCAGCCCAAUUCGUCCAUGCACCAGUAUCCCAUUGGGCCUCGGCCACAUCACCUCUCGGACUGCUGCACAGACUCAGUCCACAGUUUCGAUCUGAACUACAGAGACCAGAGAGGAAGCAGAGCCCUAAAUCAGAAAGGAAGAAUUAGAAUAAUACCUGUAGAUUCUGGCAUGGGGGUUGAAGAUUGGGAAAGUAAAUACAAAGGGCAAGGAAAGCCUCAGCUGAGUGACUUUAUAGAUGAUGAAGAAGACAGCAUAAGCUUCCGAAUGAGAAAACCAUACCCUGAGCCUUCAAGCCCACCAGUCAGUCACACUAAGCUGCACAGUAGUUUUUUACCUGCCACCUACCCUGAAGGGUAUGAAACUAUUGACAGACGCCGAAAGAAAAAAAUAAUGGACCCAAGAGGACUUCUUAGAAAAGAGACAAAGAAGGAAAGAGAAGAAACUUCUCAGCCUGACUCUACACUGUUCCACGAGAAAAGGGGUGAAGUCUUAAUGCAUCAGGUAGCAGAGAUGCAAGAAGAAGAGGAUCAUAUUACAUCAAGUCUGAGGCCAUACAAGGAUGAGCUUCUGUAUAAAACAAGGAUGUGGGCUAAAAAUGAUUUGGACAACACUUUAAAGAAUUACGUGGCAUACAAAAAUGACCAAGAUGGUAGAACGGGAGCCCAGAUUGAUUUUAAAUUGGAGAACUGUCAAGAUUCAAACUACUCCUCAGGAGAGAAAGGUCUGGAUGCCAACGACUUUUAUUUGGAGAAUACAAGACAUUACAAAGAACGACAUUCUUCCUCGUAUGAGGGCCACAUGAAUUUUUUGCAAGGCCUUUGUGAGAAGAAGUGUGCCAAGUCAAAAUCCAGCGGAUGGGUUUCAGAUGCAAUUCUCUCUCCUGUGGAAGAGCCAAGUGAUGAAUAUGUAGACACAAUGGAUGAGCUUCAGUGUCUAGUUGAAACUGUUUCUGAGUAUCUUGCUGAAAAGGAGGAGGAGAUUAGCAAGUAUGGUUCUCUUCCCAAGUCAAGCAAAUCAAGACUAUCUUCUCAGGGUAGUAAUAGAACAGAUUCUUUUGGAGAGGAACCACUUAGUUCAAAGGAUUCUAGAGGAGAAUCUCAAAUACAGCCACCUCCUGAUCAGGGUGUUUUAGGUGUAAAACAUGCUAUGAGCUCAUUGCUUAGUUCUUUCACUGACAAAGUUGGAGGAGGUAUCAAACAACCUGCUCAAACUCCACAAGUGCCAUCUGCACAACCUUCACAAUCUGGACUAACAAGACUUUUGUCUUUUAUCCCUAAAUCAAAUAGCACAGCUCCUGUAGCUGUUGUAUCUCCAGUAGAAAGUUCUCCUGAAAAAUCCUUCAGUUAUUUGCCUUCUCAGUUGAUACAAGCCAAAACACAAAGUAAUCAGGAAUCAGAAAAUGCAACAAGAAGUCAACCCCAACCAUGUACAAGAGAGCAAACCCCUGAUCUUGGAGCUAAACAUCAAAUUUCCCCAGGAAACUCAGUUUUGGGAAAACUGAAUCCUUUGAAAAUGUUUUCAGCUGGAGACAGCAAAACCGGUUUUGAACACAAACAAGGAGCAGAAUUUAAAUGUCCUCAAGAACUUAGACAUUCAGAUGUAAAAUGUGCUGAUAAAAGUGUUCAUCUAACUGAAAAAUCAAUGAUGUCUGAAAACACUUUCAAAUCAGUGCCAAUGAGUAGUUCAUUCUAUGAUAAAACUUUGAGCCAAAAUCAUGGGAAACAAAAUCCAGGAAUUUACAAACAAGAGAACUCCCCUCUUCCAGACUCACAAAGUUGUACAAAUCAAACUGCAAACACUGGAAUUUUUAGCCCUUUUAAGAAGUCAUUAAGUUCAUUGAUUACUCCAGCCAGUAUAGUCCCCACUCACAGAGCUCCCCCUGUGGCAGUUUACCCAGUGUUUAGAAACAAAGAUGAGCCCCAACUAGAGAAACCAGUGAAAGAACCAUCACUUAGUGGUAAUCCUAAACAACCUUUUCUCUCCUCUGACACAUGUUCCUCUCAGCAGCAUUCCAAAACAGAAGGGGGGCUACUUUCUAGUUUUUUUAAGUUUUCAUCUACUGAAGACAUACAUACCUCUGUGAAAAUACAGAGUCAUUCACCGGAGUAUCAUGAAUUGUCUUCAUCAAGCUCCACUAUUACUCCACACAAUUCUGCCAUGCCCCAGGAAAACAGUGAAAAAGGAUGGUUUUCGAGCAUAUUUAACCUUCCCUCUUCUUCCGCUGGUUCAAACCCAAAUCCUGUUCAAAAUUAUCAGUCUCAUAACAGCAAAGUGCCAUCUGGACCACAAUGUGCUUCCAAUUUGGAAACAAGAGGAACCUCUCAUGGCAUGCAGCAUCAGCAUUUCAGUGAGUCUAAAUCACAAUAUUUUACCACUGGUCCUUUAAAAAGUGGCUCUACUGRAGACAUUUCUUAUAUUGACUCUAAUCAUCCCAAACAAGGUCUGUUCUCUGGACUACUUAAAUUAGGUUCCAACACUGACCUUUCCAGUACUGGGCCACAGCAGGCAAACAGUCAGUGUAUCCAAAGCAAAAGUGCCUCACAGAUCUCUCAUCAAUCUAAUCUGCAUCAAAAUUCUACAACUCCACAGAAAGGUGGUCUUCUCUCAGGGUUACUGAAAUUUUCAUCAAUGGACACCCUACAACAAAAUGUACAGUCUUCUGAAGCUGACAAGCACAGAGGCUUAUCUGGCAAUAAUCCUGAUCAGCAGAAAGCCUCAAGAGGAACUCCACAAACACAACCUCAACAAAAGGGGCUGCUGUCGGGCUUGCUUAAAUUUGCAUCUUCAGAGAAUAGUUUAGUCAGUCAAACAGUUCAUGAACCUAGUAGUGUUCAACAUAUUCAACAAGGCAACAAUAUGCAAAAUACUCAAUGUCCAAAUAGAGGUUCUCAUCUAAAGAAUAGAACAUUUAGCCAGCAACAUGUACAACAGGAGGCAUGUAAACCAAGUGUUACUCGACAACAAACUGUUCCUCUUCAACAACCUCAAUCACAACAAAUGGGCCUUUUAUCUGGUCUUUUCAAAUUUGCUUCAGCUGACAACAUAAACAUACAAAAUCAGCCAUUGGUGCAACAGGAUGGAGUUCCUCAAAGUAAAUCCAGUCAUAAUCAAACAAGACCAAGUAACAUCCCAGGUUCCCACCAAAAUCAAUCACAAAAUACCACAACACAGUCAACACAAGUAAGUGGCCUGUUUUCUGGACUAUUCAAAUCAUCCUCUGAAAACAUGACCCAACACCAACAUGAUAGUAUCUAUGAGACUCAAACAAAUCAACACAUCAAAGUGCCAUGCACCCAGACUUGCCCAACACAAGAAGAGACCGCAAGUCAAUCUGGAGUGCUCCCUGGGUUAUAUAACAAAUUAACAAAAACUUCUGAAAGCACACACACAAGUUGUCAGAAAUCUGCAGAACAUUCACCACAACAAAAAAUCACUUCGUCCACAAUGACAACGCAAACUCCAUUGCAAAAUCACCCUUUUCAGUUAGUUAGUAACUCAACACAACAAUCCUUAGAUGAACAUGUAGACCGACAAAAGACCACAGACACUGCCAAGCAAGGAUUUUUAUCGGGAUUGUUGAGCAAAAAUGUUUCAGGGUACCCUUGUACUAAUAAAGAAGCAAAGCCUUAUCAAAUUUCAGAACAAUUUACCCCCUCACAUACAGUUUCAAGAUUAACUUCAGAUUUUUUAAAAAGUACAGUCUCAGAAAGUCCAGUGAAUAUGUUGCAACGAUCUGUUUCAGAAUCUUUGAAUCCAGGACACAGUAGGCAUGCGUUAAUUAGAGCACCAGUAUCAAUUCAUGCUGAUAGCUUAGACUUGCGAACAUCAACUGCUUUUGCAAGAUCUCUCCAGUGUCAAGAAACUCACUACUCAUUUAGUACAGGUAAUUUAUCUCAGUUAUACUGCCCUCACUCACUUCUAUCAACUAGCCCUAUGUCCUAUAGCACAGGAAAUAUUCACUCCUAUUUGCAAACACAAACAGCUUCUCCAAUCAUGACUUUGCAUUAUAUAGAUGGAAACAAUUCAGCUUUGCUUGGAGCUCGAAGUCAGAAUCUUCAACAAGGUCAGGUAACUGACUGUGAAAUAAGUCCCACCUAUGAUGAAAACCAGUGGAUUCGGGAAAGUGUCCUUUGGCAGCAGUUUCAAAACGAGUCCUUGAAUUAUCCUUAUCAAGGAGAAAACCAAGACUAUCAACAAUGCUGUGAAGGUAUUCCAUUGCCAGAAUCUACAUUUCAUAGCAGCUAUAAUCAGUCAGUUGCCCAUGUUCCUUGGCAAGCUGUUCCAUGUCACCAGAACCAAAUGGAAUCUUAUCAWUAUAAUGGACAAAGUAAUGAUGUUUCAUAUACCAAAAGUAAAUUAUGGAGGAGUUAUGAAGAUUUGGAAGACACAACAUAUUCACCUAAUAAGGAAAGUGCACUAAACUUGACGAAUAAACUGAGCAAUGCAAACUUUGUGAAAUGGCAUUCAUUUAAUGAUGGUAGUUCUUACAGCUUGAAUGGGGUUUCAUAUUWUGAAGGCUUUUAUGAGGAGAAUGCACCAAGCUUAUCUUACUCAGCUAACUGGCAGUAUGGAGUGGAAAAUGAAAACCUACAAAAUCUUCACACUAAUCGCAUGAAUCAAUUUGGUGUGUUUAGUUCAAAUAGACCAACAAAUACAAAUCAUCCUGUAGGUGUCUACACUGAGACAGAAGACUCUCUGUACCUUGAGGACACUGAAUGGUAUCAGCAGUGGCUUGCUCUUUUGGAGCAAGGAAUGUGGUGGCCAGCAGAAGAUGGUGACUGUGGCUACUUUGUUUACACAGACCAUGAGUAUAUUUAUGCCCUGCUUACAGAUGCAGAAGGUGAAUAUGUGUAUGCCUGUACACCAGAAGGAGAAUUGUGGGAAAAUGCACAAACAUUGGAUGGUUUACCUAGUGCUUGGCUGCACAAUGAAAUGGUUUUAGUAUGUGGUUUCAAAAUACCACUUUACAAUGAAGAUGAGCUUCUUUGGCUUCCUGGGCAAGACCAAAGUGAUCCCCAGCUUCUUAAUGCUCCUCUAGAUUUGUCUGCUGCAUAUAGAAAAGGAAAUCAGAUCAUGAAUUUAAAUCUUGCACAGUUCUCUGAAAUGUUUGAAAAUUCAUUUCUUUCACAAGGGCAGCAAGGUAUGGAUUUCUCAUCUUAUAAAUUAAACAAAGUCAGGAUGGACCCAAGACAGUCUAGUUAUGGCUAUAAAAAUUACUGUCAAGAUGUUAUUGACCUUUCAUGUCAUAAUAGAGAUCACAUUGGUCCCUGUUGGAACAACUAUGAAGUUAAGAAAUUUCUUGCUCAAAAGGUUUCUGUUUCCCUAAACUCAACUUCUAUAGAAAACUCAAAUAAUCAGGUGCUUUACAACUGCUAUCAGCCUAGCCAGCAAAGGCGUUCAUCUACUGCUGUGACAGUAAAACAUGUAGAUGAUGUUUCUGAUGAAGAAUGGAGAAAAAGAGUGUCUUCCGUUGAAGAGUUGCCUAAUCGUCAAGUCAAAAAAAUGUCCUCCCUAAUAUCUUCUUUUGUGGGGAAAUCCUCGCAAGGGGAAUUGAACAAAAAUAGUACGCCCCAUUGUGAUCAAACUGGCAAACAUGCAAAGAACAUUUUGUCAACAGGUUUUCAAAAUCUUAAGUCUAAAAUUCUCAAAGAAGAAUCUGCUGCUGUUGUGACUCACCCAGAAAAUGUUAAACAACAAAUACAGAAGCCAGCUGCCACACAGGGAAGAAUUUUGCCAACAGCACCUACAUCCCCUCAAGUGACCUAUCCUCCAACGCUUGUGCAUACCUCUUCACAGAAACCAAGGCUAUCACGUCAAACUACUAUGGCACAGCAAGAGAUCCCACCAACAAAACCCAAUGUAUCAGUAUCUUUAUUAUCUAAUAAGUCUCUUAAUAAACCCACACAACCUGUGUUUUCAGCUGAUAAGCCAGUGACAACACCAUUACAGAAAUCGUCAGAACAACCACAUGUAGGCUUCACAAGUUUUCUCAAGUCUGCAGUAGGCAUGGAUGAAACAAAACCAAAUCUCCAGACACUUCCUCAGGCAACUCCCGAUCUCCAAAGCAAAAGUGGGAGCAGUGCACCUAUGUCAAGCAGUGCCAGUGAAAAUAAUGAGGGUACUGGAGUGUCAAAUAUCUUUGGAUCAAUUAGCAACUUAUUUAGCGAGUCUUCUCAACCACAAAAAUCACACAUGAAACCUAGUGUUACAGAAAGUUCACUCUCAUCAACAUCCAGAGCUAAGGGUAUAGCAAGACAACAAACAAUGGAUCUAAGUGGAACACCUUUGCUAACACAGAGCCAGACCUCAACUAAAAAUGUAUCAAACAAUUCUUCUCUGACUUAUUCCACUGGCCCAGCAGUUAGCAAGUCAGAAACUACACCAACCACAAUGCAAACAAACCAAGAAACAGGAACUAAACCAUCUGGUGGACUCUUUGGAUUUUCAGUUGGAGAUUUGCUAGGAUCAACACAAUCUGUUCAGUCUACUACAAUACCUCAGACAUCAGCCACAGCUCCACAAGAAGAGUCCCUCGGAAGAAGUAUAUUUUCAUUGUUUACUAGUUCAAGCCCUCAGCAAACUCCACCUAAAACUGAAUGUUUGCCUCAAACACAUCCACCUAGUGUAAUUCAACAACCACCUCAGCAGGACACAUUUGGUAAAAGUUUAUUAUCAAUGUUUGGAGGAUCAAGUCCCACCCACCCUCCUAAUCAAUCUAAGACUAAUGCUGAAACACCACAACAGGGAAACAUUCCUCCUAAAGACUCUCCAUCCUUAGGAUUCCUUUCAAUGCUUAGUGGGACCAGCUCCCAGCAAUCUCAAGCUCAAUCAGGAUCUUUUCUUGGAGGGGUUGUGCCUGGGUCAUCAAGUUCAUCUGAACACCCAAUGAAAGGAUUGUUCUCAGUUUUCAGUGAUUCCGUCACUUCACCAACUCAACCACCAACUAUGCCAUCUCAGUCARACGCUCAGGCUCCAAAUCAGCAACAGCUUGAUCAUCAGACACAAUCUAAACCACAAAAACAGUCUCAACCACAAAGACACACAGGAGAUUCUGUUUUGGGGGGUAUAUUUGGUGGCUUAUCUAGCUCAAGUGAAAAUUCAAAGAAAACUUUUUUUUCCAUGUUUAGUGCUCCCUCAACUCCCCAGCCACAAGGAUUUAGUGGAAAUACAAACUUGUCUUCUGCUCCUGAGACUGCAGCACCAAAAGUACCUACUGAAAACAUAACCUCUGUUUUGAAUAAAGUUGUCACACAACCACAACAAUCUUCCAAUUCAGCAAUUUUUAUCAAAGAACAUGCACAACAAAAAUUAUCCCAAAUGUCAUCAGAUUCAAGUAGACAAAGGUCAGAUCCAACAGAUGCCAAUAAACUAACAAAUGAACUAUCAGAGAUUAAAGAUAGCAGUGUCUCAAGUCAACGACAUGCUAGCCCUUCAAGCGAUAUUGCUGUAAUUGGUGCAAGUACUAAUAAAGAGGAUGUCACAAUUAAAGACGCAAACAUGUCAUUAAAAGAACCACAAUCCAUAUGUUUGCAUAAAGAAUCAAACAUAGCAAGUGCACUCAAGUAUACUGCUCCCAAAGAUUCUACCUCUUCUGUGUUCAGUGGAUCUGGCCCACAUCCUCCAUCCUCAUCUGGAUUUAUUUCAGAAGGCCCAGGAAAAAGUUUGCUUUCAUUAUUUUCCUCAACUGGCACUGAGCCUGCCACAAGCCAAGCUGGAUCUUUACCAGCAUCAUCAAGCUCAAAUGACUCUCCAGCCAAAGGUUUUUUCUCUGUUUUGGGGGAUUCUCUUUCUCAACCUGCCUCACGGCCUGGAAGUUCUCUGUUAGGGGCAAUGUUUGGGGGGUCUUCAUCUCAAACACCAGCUUCUCAAACAGGAGGGUCUUUACUUGGUGGUUUAUUUGGAGGCUCUGCACCUCAAGCUGCUUCCCAAGUUGGACCCAUUAAGACUGGAGGGUCUGUCUCUCAAACUGCAGGAUCUCAAUCAGGAUCAUCAUUUUUUGGAGGCUUAUUUAGUGGAUCUGAUCCCCAGGCUGCUGAAUCUCAAACUGGCACAUCAAUUUUAGGUGGAAUAUUUGGAGGCUCAUUAGCCUCACCUAUAGUAACUCAGACAAGUGGGUCUACUUUAGCACCCCAAAAUAAUAGUUCUGGAUUGGAAGUAAAUUCAGAAGGAUCAUUUUCUCUAACUGCUACGUCACAAACAAACACAAAUAGUACACUGAAUAAAGGUUUGYCCCCUGUGCCAGAAAAAUCUGCUCCAUGUCCAAUACCAACUGAAACAAACACAGCAUUAUCUAACAAUGACAAAAUAACACUUACAACGGCCCUUACUGACAUUUCAUCUGACCAAUCUGUUUUGCUAAAACCCUCAAAUGACAGUGAAACUGCUGCAGCUAGUGGUGAAAUAGGUGUAACUGAUACUGAUGUUAAAACUAAAGAGCAAGUGGAAACAAAACAACCAGAUGGUACAGUUGAGACAUGUGCAUCCACAAGUAAGGCUACUAUCAUCACUGAGAUCAAUUGCCAAAGUAGUGUCAAAUCAACUGUUUUAGCURAAGAUAUCCAGUCUAAUAAGUCUGAAAUAUGCACACAAUUACAAGAGCAUACAAGUGGACAGAGUCAAGAUACAGCACCACCAAAAGUGGAAGAGAAACCUGUCUCUCUGUCAGUGAGUUCUGUUGUUCAAAUAGAGCAGAAGCCACUUGAGUCAAACAAAUCCUCCAAUGAUUCAUCUGCAGAUACAGUUACAGGCUUUAUGUCCUCCUUAUUUAAACCAGCAGCUGUUCCCACUGAAGGUCUUCAGCAGCAACAGCAGAAUAGCUCACUGUUUGGACUGGGAGGAGCAGCAACUCAGUCUUCUCCCAGUCAGACAGGAGCAUCAAUAUUGGGAGGUCUUUUUGGAGGGUCUAACAAUCAAUCAGCAUCUCUCCAAACAGGGGGUUCAUUACUAGGAGACCUAAUUAAAACAUCUGCUCCUCAGGCUAGUCCUCAAACUACAGCCACCAACACAGGAGGGUCAAUAUUAGGUGGGAUGUUUGGAGGAGGAUCCACUGCCAAACCUUCUGGUAUCCAAAGUGGUGGAUCAUUAUUGGGUGGGAUGUUUGGAGGAGCUGGGGCAAAAUCACAGUCGGGUGGUUCUCUUCUUGGAGGACUGUUUGGAGGUCCCACAGGGCAAGCUUCGGGCUCACAAACAGGAGCAUCAAUUCUUGGAGGCAUAAGUGGAUCACUCUUUGGUGGAAUGGGACAAUCACCUAAGUCAUUUGAAUCUGUAACAACUGAGCCAAAGUCAACAAGUGUUACCAGUUCACAGUCACAGAAAAAUAAUGAAAACAUGUCACCUAAAGAAACUCUGUCUUGUUGUGAGAGUAAUGCAAAAGAAAUUGAUCAAAUACAAAAAAAGCCUAACAACUCAACACUGUUAUCUCAAGAAGCUUGCCCUAGAAUCAAUGAUAUCACAAGUGAGACAGUGAAUACCACUGUUGAUAUUACUACUCAGGUAAUUAGCACUGAAGAAGAAAAGACAAGCCCAGACAAAGAGUUGAUGAACAAGAAACACAUGGUCAUUAAAGGAGACRCAGAGAGUAAAGAAAAAGACAAGUCUGACCAAUCUAUUCCAAAACAACCAGAUGUUAAUAAAGUUUCCCCAGCUGUUCAGUUGCCCACUAUUGUUGAACAACCUCAAGCUAAGUCUCUGUUUGAUUUUAUACCCACAAAGAGUGACACAGGAAGAUCUCAAGGAUCAUUUUUUUCACCUGCAAUUCCACAAGUUGUGUCAUCGGUGCCCCAAACAGAAGGAGGCAAUGCUCUGUUGUCAGGAUUUAAAUCUUUUUCUGAAAGCCUGUUUCAAGAGAAAAACCUUGUUACUGGAAAACAAGAGGGAACAGCUUCAUUAUUUGGUGCAAAAAUAAGUUUUCCAUGGCAGACAGAAACACCCAAGCCUCAAUCUUCUCCAGUUACAACAGCACAACCCCAAUUUAAUGAUAAGUCAACAAGUGAUCAACCACAUACAGUACAAAAGUCUUCAGCAUCUGGUGCCCAUGAAACUGAACUGGUAGGUUGCACAAACGGUAUAGAGAACCCUCAGAUUUGCGUCUCCGUCCCUGAAGUAGAUCCUUCAGCAUCCCUGACCCUAAAGGAGAAGGAAAGGCUUGUAGAAACACACCCUUCUGCAGGUUCUGUCGUUGGAGYGCAGCUGGACAACCAGCACAAGAAGGAUCUCUUGAAUGAGAAAAGUCCAGUGGAAAGUAGUCGCUUUGGUUCAUCAGGGAACCUGAGUCAGAUCAGCUCUCAGCUAAGUGAGACAGGACAUGAGAGCACUGGAGGGUCUGAACUGGAGGAGUCUUUCCACUCCUAUCAUAGUACUGGACUACACCCCUCUACUAAUGGGCAACCACACACAAAUGGUCAUUUGCUCACUAAUGGACAUCCCACUGACAGUGAGAAGGAAAUACAUAUGGAGUCYCCUGAAGUAGGACCAAAUUUGAAAAAUGACACAUCAGAAAAGGAAUCCGCUAAGCUCCAAAGAUUCCAGGAUGGAGGGCCUCCAUUACCAUUUUCCCCAUCAAGAGUUCGUUGGUUGAGGGCCAUAAAUAAAGUCCGGGUUCAGCUUCGUGAGGUCCGAGAUGUGGAACCCAACACUCGACAGGCCUGGGUCAAACCAGGUAGUGGAUCUGGUCUGUAUGGAAUCGACAGCAUGCCAGACCUGCGUAAAAAGAAGCCCAUCCCCUUGGUCAGCGAUGUGGCUAUGUCCCUUGUGCAAGCCAGAAAGGCAGGGAUUGCCUCUGCUAUGGCUGCUCGGUCCUCAUUCAAGGAUGAGGAGAUGAAAAACCAUGUGUACAAGAAGACCCUGCAGGCUCUCAUCUACCCAAUAUCCUGCACUACACCACAUAACUUUGAGGUGUGGACAGCAACCACACCUACAUACUGCUAUGAGUGUGAAGGACUGCUAUGGGGAAUUGCUCGCCAAGGCAUGCGUUGUUCUGAGUGUGGGGUCAAAUGCCAUGAGAAGUGCCAAGAGCUACUAAAUGCUGACUGUUUACAACGCGCCGCGGAAAAAAGCUCUAAGCAUGGAGCUGAAGAUCGCACUCAGAAUAUUAUCAUGGCCAUGAAGGACAGAAUGAAAAUCAGGGAACGGAACAAACCAGAGAUAUUUGAGCUGAUCAGAGAAGUGUUCACUGUCAGUAAAGCCAUUCACGCACAGCAGAUGAAGACCAUCAAACAAAGUGUGUUGGAUGGUACCUCGAAGUGGUCAGCAAAGAUCACCAUCACAGUUGUUUGUGCACAAGGACUUCAGGCGAAAGACAAGACUGGAUCCAGUGAUCCAUAUGUGACUGUUCAGGUUGGCAAGACUAAGAAGAGAACCAAAACUAUUUAUGGGAACCUUAACCCUGUUUGGGAAGAAAAGUUCCACUUUGAGUGCCACAAUUCUUCAGAUAGAAUCAAAGUGCGUGUUUGGGAUGAAGAUGAUGACAUCAAGUCCAGAGUAAAACAACGACUGAAGAGAGAGUCUGAUGAUUUCUUGGGUCAAAGUAUCAUCGAAGUUCGAACGUUGAGUGGAGAAAUGGACGUCUGGUACAACCUGGAAAAGCGGACAGACAAGUCAGCAGUGUCGGGUGCCAUACGCCUCCAAAUCAAUGUGGAGAUCAAAGGAGAGGAGAAAGUGGCUGCUUAUCACGUGCAAUACACCUGUCUGCAUGAGAACCUCUUCCACUAUUCAACUGAUGUGCUCGGUCAAGGUGUGGUAAAAAUCCCAGAAGCUCGUGGAGAUGAUUCAUGGAAAGUCUACUAUGAUGAUGUGGCACAGGAAAUAGUUGAUGAGUUUGCCAUGCGUUAUGGGAUUGAGUCCAUUUACCAGGCCAUGACGCACUUUGCCUGCUUGUCAACUAAGUACAUGUGCCCGGGAGUUCCUGCCGUGAUGAGCAGCCUGCUGGCUAACAUCAAUGCCUUCUACGCCCACACAACUGCAUCCACCAAUGUGUCCGCCUCUGACCGCUUUGCUGCAUCUAAUUUUGGGAAAGAACGCUUUGUCAAGCUUUUAGACCAGCUACACAACUCCUUGCGGAUUGACCUUUCUACAUAUCGAAACCACUUUCCUGCCAGCAACAAAGACCGCCUGCAAGAUUUGAAAUCUACGGUGGACCUUCUGACCAGUAUCACCUUUUUCAGGAUGAAGGUCCAGGAGUUACAGUCUCCACCCAGAGCCAGCCAGGUUGUGAGGGACUGCGUCAAGGCCUGUUUCAACUCUACAUACGACUACAUCUUCAAUAACUGCCAUGAGCUGUACAGCAGACAGUAUCACCCUGCAGAAACGAACAAGGAGGAGUUGCCUCUGGAGGAGCAGGGUCCAAGCAUCAAGAACUUGGACUUCUGGCCCAAGCUCAUCAUGCUUAUUGUCUCCAUCAUAGAAGAAGACAGGAACUCCUACACACCUGUGCUCAAUCAGUUUCCUCAGGAACUGAAUGUAGGAAAGUUGUCAGCUGAAGUCAUGUGGACGUUGUUUGCUCAAGACAUGAAGUACGCUUUGGAAGAGCACGAGAAGCAYCGAAUGUGUAAGAGCACAGACUACAUGAACCUCCACUUUAAAGUCAAGUGGCUCUACAAUGAAUAUGUCAAGGAGCUGCCAAACGUUAAGGGCAUUAUUCCCGACUACCCGUCAUGGUUUGUGCAGUUUGUUUUGCAGUGGCUGGAUGAAAAUGAAGACGUAUCAAUGGAAUUUAUGCAUGGAGCCCUGGAGAGAGACAAAAAAGAUGGAUUCCAGCAGACGUCUGAGCACGCUCUGUUCUCCUGCUCUGUGGUGGACAUCUUCACCCAGCUCAACCAGAGUUUUGAGAUCAUCAAGAAAUUAGAGUGCCCUGACCCYAGUGUCAUGGCUCAGUACAGCCGUCGCUUCUCGAAGACAAUUGCCAAAGUUCUUCUGCAGUACAGUGCCAUGCUGACCAAGAGUUUCCCUUCUUACAUUGAUAAGGAGAAAAUUCCCUGUGUCCUGAUGAAUAACGUGCAGCAGUUGAGAAUCCAACUGGAGAAAAUGUUUGAGUCGAUGGGCGCCAAACAGACUGCUACAGAGGAAGCACUGCUAAAUGAAAUCAUAGAGGAGGAGGAAGAAGAAGAAGAGACAAGGGAGGAGGUUGCAACAGAGGAUGAGAAAACAAAGGUUUUGAGAGAAAUUGCAUUUGAAGAGCAAAAGAUGGACACGGAGGCCAGCGACUUACUGAACGACCUGCAGGUGAGGCUGAACAAUGUGCUGGAUGACCUGAGCAGUACGUUUGGGAACAGUUUCCAGAACCGUAUCAAUGACUGUAUGCGACAGAUGGCRUCCUUGUUGUACCAGAUCAAAGGGCCGCUGAAUGAGAACACUAAAAACCAGGUGGAGGCCGACUCUGACAACAUGCUCCGGCCRCUCAUGGAUUUCCUGGAUGGAAAACUAACUUUAUUUGCCACUGUGUGUGAGAAAACGGUAUUGAAGCGUGUGCUGAAAGAGCUGUGGAGGAUCGUAAUGAGCAGCCUGGAAAAAACUAUCGUCCUGCCGCAGGGCCAYGACACUUUUGGAACAAAUAUUCUGUCAGCUGCAAAAGAACUUGGGCAGUUCUCCAAACUCAAGGAUCACAUGGCAGGGGAGGCUAAAAGUUUGACUCCCAGGCAGUGUGCUGUCAUGGAUGUGGCAUUGGACACUAUCAAGCAAUACUUUCACGCUGGAGGCAACGGACUGAAGAAGGCAUUCCUAGAAAAGAGUCCUGAGCUUUCAUCACUCCGUCAUGCUCUGUCCCUCUACACUCAGACAACAGACACACUCAUAAAUACCUUUGUAACCACGCAGCAUGCACAAGUGCACWAUGGAAAGGGUAUUAGGUUUACUCCCAAUGAAAAAAUACAGCCCAGCAGGGGCUCUGGUGUGGAUAAGCCGAUUGGUGAGGUGUCCCUUCAGAUUGAGCUGUAUACCCACCCAAAGAGUGGAGAGCGGAAGGUCACAGUAAAAGUGGURGAAGCCAGUGAUUUAAAAUGGCAGACGUCUGGCAUGUUCAGACCCUUUGUGGAAGUCAACAUGAUCGGGCCUCAUCUCAGCGACAAGAAACGCAAAUUCCAAACCAAAUCGAAAAACAACAGCUGGUCUCCCAAGUACAAUGAAACCUUCCAUUUUGUUCUGGGUAACCAGGAUGGCUUUGAGUGUUACGAGGUGCAAGCCAGUGUCAAAGACUACUGCUUUGGUCGGGCUGAUCGAGUGGUGGGUUUAUCUGUGGUGCAGCUGAGAGACAUCAUGGAAAAAGGCAACUGUGCCUGCUGGUGUCCCUUGGGUCAGCGCAUACACAUGGACGACACGGGCGUCACCGCCAUGCGAAUCCUCUCCCAGCGCUACAACGACGACGUAGCUAAGGAGUUUGUAAGGCUGAAGUCGGAGACUCGAUCAGCGGAGGAGGGCAGAUGAGGACGCCUGAAAGGGGAGCAGAGAAGGAGCUUGGACUCUUCGAAGAGUGGCCAUGUGGACUCAUUCUUAGACCUUAGAUGUGUCUUAGCUGCUGUCAACACUUUGCCAACCUCACUGGUUAAACACUCACUAUGUGUUCCUCAAACUGAAGCUACUGUACAGCACAUGAAACCACUCAGGCUCUGACCACUCUGACUUUACCACCAUUUUAUUUUUCAUCCUCAUCUGCUGGAGUGGCAAAGUGUGCACACAAUAGCCUCAAGGAAACAAAGGAUUUAGGUUUCUAUAUACCUAUACCUCCCAAGUGUUUUUUGUGCAAUAACCCUAUCCACCCCACACCCUCUACACAUGCACACACACACGUCCACCCUCCCUUUACUUGUGGCCAAGUGUUUUAAGCCUUACACUGUGGAAACUGUGAAACUAAUUUGUCUUUUGCGUGCCCUUUUCUGUAGCUCCACUGUGAUGUGUUUGAGGAAAUGUGAAAAUGUACUUGUUUCAAAAAGGAUUAAUUUUUUUUAUUUAUUUUUUAUUUUAUUUUAUUUUUUUGUAGCAGGGGGAUAGUCCAAGUCAUGUAAUCAAAGUUAGAAACUUUACUCAAUUCUCUAAUACACAUUUAACUUUAGAGGAUGUACUAUAGCUCGUAGUCCUAACUGUUGCUUUUUACUAAAUUAAUUGUUUUAAAUUGGUGCCUUGCCAUGCAGAGACACGCCAGAUAUUUAUUCUUUGUGUUUAAAUGAUCAGUUUAUGUUUUAAUUCAAACUUAAGCAAAUAUAUGACUUUGGAUUCCUUUUUUAUUUUAUGCUUUUGCUCUGUUUUAGACUUUUAAACUCAUGUGGCCUGGUGUAACCUGGAGGUUUUUGCUAUUUUAUAUAUUUUUUUAUUCAUAUUUAUUAUUUGUCUGUGCUUUUUAAAGACUGGGCUGUAAUAUGCUGUUUUGUUUUCGUUGAUCUGUGUUGUGUUUUAUGCACAGGGAUCUGGGUGAAGGAGUUGCUGCAGUUUUGGUACAAAAUGAAGUACACACUAACAAAAAUAAAGUGACAAAACAGAGUAUGUGGAGUUAUUUACAAAGAAGUCUAGUAGAAAUGGUAUAAUAAAAUAUAAUUAUAAAUACUAUAAAAUAUUUAGUGUUGAUGUAGCCCAUAAUGACAUCAAGGAAGUAGUUUUAUUUUUUUGUGACUUUUAAACCCUUUUAAAAAAAUUUCUUUGAUAUUGACACAUAGUAACUUAACUAGGCUGGGUUUUAUUGCAGUGUAUCUUGUUGAGUGUUACAUGUGUUGCAGAUUGUUUUUCUUUCUUUGACUGGAAUGUUUCCCCAAGUUCUGGAGUUUUUUUAUUUUUUUAUUUUAUUUAUUUAUUUUUUGUCUGCUAAUAUGUCCUGGACCAGAAGCGACCCACAAAAGACAUCCUAAUGAGGGAUAAAUGAUCUUGUAACAAAAAAAGCUCCUCUUUUUCGCCAUUUGCACUGUAGAAACCACAAGUUAGGACUACUGCCUGUACAGCCUGUAACUCACAUGUUCCUUGUGCCAAGUCAAAAGUGUUCACUUUGGGUGUUUUGUACUGCAUAGUUUUAAAUCUUAAACACUGCAAUAGUUUAUUUUCUCUCUCUCUCUGUGCACCAUAUCUGUAAUGGUAACUGCAUUUUUUUUUUUUUUUUGAUGUUCCGUUGUGAUGACACUACACUGAAUGCCAUCAUGUAAACAUUCCAACUAAUAAUUUUUGUUUUCUAUAAAAUGUUUUAAAAAACACAGUGUCUGCUUUUUCAUAGCACUGCAUUCAAAAUGUGUUCUCCCACAUGACUGAACAUUUUUUUAAACCAAUCAGUGCUCAGUUUUUAGUUUUUUAUUUUUUGACUGACUUUACUGGGGUUUGUCAACUUGAGCUUGAUAUGUUUUUUUUUUCUCCUGAAACAGUAAUAAAUAAAUAAAUUUGAAAGCA